UCCACAAAUCCCUAGGCAUAGAAUAGGGUCAGGGUGGUUGCUUUUGUCGCCUGCUUCCUUUCAAGCGCCUUGUGAAAGCUGCCUUGAGUCUGGAGCUGCUUUGUAGAAAUUGUGGAGCUAGAGGUCUUUCAAAGUUGGCUGAUGGCGUCGGUCGGUCCCGUCCAGGUAGAGAGUGUUCCUGGCGGUCUCGUGACGCCUUUGCCGAUAGUCCGUACUCUGUCGUCUUCUCCCAUCUCCCAUCUUUUGUUCUUUCACAAAGCGAUUAAGGCCGAAUUGGACAAGCUUCACACCACUGCGUUGGCCUUAGAGCGCGGCGGAAAGAAGGAUACGCAGGUGUUGCUGGAACGCUAUGAGUUCCUUAGAAUGGUCUACAAGUACCAUAGCACGGCAGAAGACGAGGUGGUAUUCCCUGCGCUGGAUUCCCGCGUUAAGAACGUCGCUCAUGCGUACACGCUCGAGCAUAAAGUGGAGAGCGACCUUUUCGACCAGCUCUCCGACCUUGUAUCCAACCUAAGACGCGACGAGACCAUGGAACGCAGUCUAUUCAGCCAGCUUAUCUGCUGCACGGAGGCCUUGCUCACAGUGCUCGUCCAGCAUUUGUCCAAAGAGGAAGAGCAGGUGUUUCCGCUGCUGGUGGAGCAUUUCGACGCGGUGGAGCAGGCCAAUCUGGUCUGGCAAUUUAUGUGCAGCAUGCCGAUAAAACUCAUGGAAGAUUGCCUCCCCUGGAUGGCUUCGUAUCUCACGGAAAAUGAGCAAGAGCAGAUGGUGGAGCACAUGCACAAGAUUGUUCCGCAAGAGGAGCUUUUGCAGGAGGUGGUUUCUGGUUGGAUGAGCCGAAUGCAUGGCGUGUUCCCGAAAAUUCACGAGAGAUGGACAGGGUUGAUGAAGCCGAAGCUCUUAGGGACUAAAAUCGCUCACCAAUUGGCCGCUUCAGGAUCCAGUGUGGCAGUUCAUAAGGCUCCAAAGGGUUCACCUCGGGAUUCUACAGCUCCAGGAACCAGGCAUCCAAUUGACGAGCUGCUGUAUUGGCAUAAUGCAAUCAGAAAAGAACUGGAAGCUUUCAACAGAGAAGUGAAAGGCCUGGAGCUCAACACUUUCGACAACCUUACCAGAAGAUACCGGUUCCUCUCCGAUAUCUGCGUUUUUCACAGCACGGCAGAGGACCAGGUGGUUUUCCCUGCUCUCUCGCAGCGUGUAGACCUUCCAACACGCUAUGUACAGGCCCAUGCAAACGAGGAGAAGCUCUUCGCUGCAGUAGGGCAUCUGCUGGAUGAGGUCCGGCAUGUGAUGGAGCACAGCCCCAGCGCUGCUGAGCCACUGCUCUCAGAGCUGAAGCAACAAGCCUUGACGAUUGUCGAGUCCCUGGACCAGCACUUGCAAGCCGAAGAGGAUGACGUUUUCCCGCUGCUGCGGCAGCACUGCAGUCUGGAUGAGCAGCGACGGCUUGUCUACCGCUGCCUGCUGGUCAUGCCUCUCCGGCUGCUGGAGCGUGUGCUCCCGUGGGUCAUGACGUUCGUCACAAAGGAGGAGGCCACAGAGAUUGUUGAAAAUAUGAAGCUCGCAGCUCCGGAGAUGGAUGUGCCUCUGGUCUCUCUGUUCACAUCCUGGGCCAGUAAACACCCACCCCAAUCUGACGACACCACGGCAUCUCAAGCCUUAGAUUCCAGCGUAUUCGACAUUCCAAGACCAUUUUCAACUGUAAAAGCAGGAGACCAUUCAGUACACUCAAGCGCAUCUGGGGGGGAGGCAGCAUCAGGGGAGGUCGGAUCGCAGCGUACAGCAGCCAGCCCAAAGGACAGCGUCACUACCCCUCCCUCCAAGCGGGCUAGACUCCUCGGCGGAUCAUUCCAUAGCUUGCCAGCAAUCCUAGCCAAACCCGAGCCUCCUCCUCCAAUGCAGCUGUCUGCUCCCGACCCGGAAUCUCUUGGCUCUAAAGCGCUCAGCUUCUCAAGUACGGCAGGCCGGGCUCUCACUCUCUCAUCCGCCACCAGAGGGGGGUUCCUCACAGGAGGCGUGCUGGGUCCAGGGAUUUUUUCGAAUGACAGAGGAAGCUCAUCGAGUCAGCGGCCCAUUGACGCUAUCUUCCACUUCCACCAGGCGUUGAGAAAGGAUCUGGAGUACCUCUCUGCUGAGUCAGCGCGGCUCGCCACGUGCGACGAUGAUGCCGCCAGGGAUUUCAGCGGGCGGUUUCACUUCCUGUGGGGGCUGUACAGGGCUCACAGCAAUGCAGAGGACGAGAUUGUGUUUCCAGCGCUGGAGGCGAAGGAGGCGCUGCACAAUGUGAGCCACUCGUACACGAUCGACCACAAGCAGGAGGAGGAGCUCUUCGAUGCCAUUGCCGGCGUUCUGAACCAGCUCUCAGGGGUCAUCUCCUUGAUAAAGAAAGCCAAGGCGGUGGCUGCAAAAGCGGAGGAGAGUGGAGGGGAAGCGGAGUGGCAGGAGGCGAGGAAGCAAGUGAAGGAGCUGGAGGAGAGGAGGAGGGAGUUGGCGGAGAGAGUGCAUCGGAUGAGCCUGUCGGUGCGGCUGUGCCUGGACCAGCAUAUUUCCCGGGAGGAGCUGGAGUUGUGGCCGCUGUUUGGCAUCCACUUCAGCAUGGAGGAGCAGGACGCCAUUGUGGGGCGCAUCAUUGGCACCACAGGGGCGGAGGUUCUGCAGGCCAUGCUGACGUGGAUCACAGCAGCGCUUUCAGACGACGAGCAGGCGCGGAUGGUCGACACGUGGCGCAAUGCGUCCCGUAACACGAUGUUCGACCAAUGGUUGAGCGCCUGGUGGAAGUCCCCUGCGGGCUCGGCCAACCCCCUACCCCCCUCCCCCGGCCACCAAGACCACAAGGACGAGCUAGCGGAUAGCCUCUCCUCAGACGCCCUGCAGAUGGUGGCUGAGUAUCUAGAGAGCGAUGGGUCACGAGCAGCAGACCAGUGGGGCGCGGUAGCAGCGUCGCGUGCAGAUGAUACAGGUGUGGGUGGUGCUGGUUGUGGGGAGGUCGCGGAAGGGGCGUCAUUAGACAGGGCGGAUACGGGCAGGGAGGGAUGUGGUGCAGCAGAUUGUUCUGUUGUGCCAGGUGGUGAGGCGGCCGGGGGAGGGGAAGGAGGUGGUGGAAGUGGGGGUAGGGGUGGGGGUGGGGGGGUUGGAGGCAGUGGGGAAGUGGGUGAGAGUGGGGCGCAGGGGAAGGAGGUGGGGAAGGAGGUGGAGAAGGAUAAGAGGACGUUUCGCCCGGGGUGGCACAACAUAUUCCGCAUGAACCAGAAGGAGCUGGAGGCCGCCAUCCGCCGUGUGUCCAACGACUCGUCGCUGGACCCCCGGAGGAAGGCGUACCUCAUGCAGAACCUCAUGACCAGCCGUUGGAUUGUGGCGCAGCAGCAGCAGCACAAGUCGUCGCACGACACCCCUGAGGAGGAGGUGCUGUGCGCGUCGUACCACGACGAGGAGAAGGGCAUCUUCGGCUGCCAGCACUACCGCCGCAACUGCAAAGUGCGCGCCGUGUGCUGCGGCAAGCUCGUCUCCUGCCGCUUCUGCCACGACAAGGUUGCCGACCACGCCAUGGACAGGCAUGCAGUGCGGGAAAUGAUGUGCAUGAAGUGCCUGCAGGUGCAGCCUGUGGGGCAGCACUGUGCCACGCCUUCCUGCAAUGGCUACUCCAUGGCCAAGCACUACUGCAGCAUCUGCAAGCUAUUUGACGAUGCCAGGGACAUCUACCACUGUCCGUUCUGCAACCUGUGCCGCGUGGGGCGGGGCCUGGGGAUUGACUACUUCCACUGCAUGACAUGCAACGCGUGCAUGUCCGUCACGCUCGCCACCCACAAGUGCCGCGAGAAGGGCCUUGAGUCCAACUGCCCCAUCUGCCAUGACUUCCUCUUCACCUCCUCUGCGCCAGUUAAGGCCCUCCCCUGCGGCCACUUCAUGCACUCGGCAUGCUUCCAGGCGUACACCUGCGAGCACUACACCUGCCCCAUCUGCUGCAAGUCCGUGGGGGACAUGCGGGUGUACUUUGGGAUGCUGGAUGCUCUACUAGCAGCAGAGCAGCUCCCAGAGGAGUACCGCAACCGACAGCAGGCCAUUCUCUGCAAUGACUGUGAGGCCAAGGGAAAUGCGUCUUUCCACUGGCUGUACCACAAGUGUUCUGCCUGCGGCUCUUACAACACCCGCACCAUCUAGCAUGGACCCCACUGGGUGCAUGCUAAUCCCUGCAAAUUCCUAUCUUAUGAAGAAUAAUGGACAAACUCCAAAACUGAGGAAGCUAAUGGCUUCUUAACAAAGAGCACUUAGGUGCUCUUGAGUUGGAAAUGCUUGUAAAGUGGAUUGGUUUGAAAUUUGUGUAUCUUGUGUGGUAUAUUGAGGGAAUAUUACUAUGUAUCGAUUGUAGUACAUGACAUUUAUGCUCAU